GCGGCGAAGCGCGGUCAAGCCGUCUUAGCGCAUGCUCUACUACGACAUCUACUACGACAUACCAAAAAGUUCGGCACGGUUUUAAACUUUACGUUGAUGAGACGAAGAAGAAGACAACAUGCACUCUGAUUGGCAAGAAUGGAUAUCAAGCGUGCAGGUGCGGAAUCGGUCGAGAGCAUUCUUCAAGCCCCGUCGCUGGCGCAACGGCAAGAAAAAAAGCAGGUAUGGAACCGUCACCGACGAAAAAGCUCACGGCCGAUUGGGCUUUGUGCGGCAGCAAUGUAUGUGCACAGGGUUCGUGUCGAUGUCUCGCUGCAAGUGUUUUUACCUCAAGAUGUUCAGUAUCUUCUAUGGACGGAACUUGAAAGAUGCCGAAAAAGUCCCGGCGUCGAGCGAUGCUGAAGGAAUGUCGAAACCUGCAGUGUCGCGCCCGUGUCUGAUCACUGUUGGCUCCGCAGAAUGGUACGCUGCCUUAGAAAAGCGCCUGAGCGUUAUAAAGAAGUUCAUCAUCCCAAAACAGCGACCGUUAGAUGGGCGCGUCCACGACGUCGAAGACGUGAUGCCCAGUAUGACAGCGGAGAUGCAGCACGAGGUAGAGGCAGCCUUGGUGUCGACGCCGCCCGACGAAGUCCUUGCAUCGGCCUUCCGGCUCAACAUACGUAGGGCCGACAUGCAAACACUCGCCGACAACCAGUGGUUGAACGAUGAAGUGAUAAACUUCUAUAUGAAUCUCCUCGUGCAACGAUCGGAGCAACAAGGUUCUCCUCGUGUCUACGCCUUCAACACAUUUUUUUUCCCGAUACUGGAGAAAAAAGGCUACGCUGCUCUGAAGAGGUGGACCCGCACUGUUGACCUAUUUUCAUAUGACAUCCUGCUGGUGCCCCUGCACUUCGACAAUCACUGGUGCCUCGCUGCUGUUGAUUUCCGCAAGCAAUGCAUUGCCUACUACGACAGCCUCUACUCGGAACGUGCACAGACAAGGUGCUUGGCCACGCUGCAGCAGUACCUGGAAGACGAGAGCCAGCACAAGCGGAACCACGGUCUCAAUUGGGACAGCUGGACAUUGAGAGCGAUGGAUGUGCCGCAACAGCAGAAUUUCAACGACUGCGGCAUGUUCACUUGUCAGUAUGCCGAGUGUGUCUCUCGGGACGCUCUCAUCUCAUUUGGUCAGCAGCACAUGCCGUACUUUCGGAAACGUGUGGUCUACGAGAUUCUUCACAAGGCUAUACUACCUACCAGCGUGAGCCAACGUCAGAUCACACACACUAGCACCGCCAACGGGCCCGCAAGCGCUUAUGGGAAAAGUUGGCAAGGUGUGAUGGCCUGUCUACGGCCACAGUUCAACCAGCUGAGCGGCUCAUAAGCGUCAGUCCUCCUUCGGCGUAAAUAAAUAAAAACAGUACAACUUGGUUGCCUAAAAGGUGCAAGCACUCUCCAUG